ACACACACUAUAUUGCCAAAAGUAUUGGGCCAGCCCUCCAAAUCAUUGGAUUCAGAUGUUCCAAUCACCUCCAUGAGCACACAUGUAUAAAAAGCUGCUUCUACACACAUUUGUGAAAGAAUGGGUCACUCUCAGGAGCUCCAUGAAUUCAAGUGUGGUACCAUGAUAGGUUGCCACCUGUGCAAGAAGUCCAUCUGUGACAUUUCCUUGCUACUAAAUAUUCCACGGUCAACUGUUAGUGGUAUUAUAACAAAGUGGAAGCAACUGGGAACAACAGCAACUCAGCCACAAAGUGGUAGGCCAAAUAAAAUGACAGAGCGGGGUCAGUGCAUGCGCACAGUGCGCAGAAGUCACUAACUGUCAGCAGAGUCAAUAGCUAAAGACCUCCAAACUUUGUGUGUCCUUCAGAUUAGCACAACAAAAGUGCAUAGAGAGUUUAAUGGAAUGGGUUUCCAUGACCGAGCAGUUGCAUUCAAGCCUUACAUCGCCAAGUGCAAUGCAAAGCAUCGGAUACAGUGGUGUAAAGCACGCCACCACUGGACUCUAG